GGGCCGAGAGUUUCGAUAACCACCACUUGUCUCCACCGAAGGCAGCCAAGGCCUUUUGGAGAGUCGGCAAUUAGGCGGAGCUUGAGUGUAUGGCGGAAGUUGCCGAUGUUCUUCCGGGAAGGGCCGAAGGUGGCUGUGCGUUGAAGUCAAGAGUUACACACGGAGCAAGCAAUAGGAAAAGCGGCGGCGGCGCUCUGAGGCGGGACUCCACCGGUUGCUUGGUCCUUUCCCUGGCUCGGCCUCCCCGCCCUCAUCGUCCCGUCUCUCUCGGCCGGCCAAGUUAGGCCGCCGAGUCGUCCUCCCCCUACUUUCCCUCCCUCCCUUUUCUCAAGAACUGGGCAUUGUAUUGUAUUGGGCCUGGCUGCGGUAACCACUGGGAGAGGUCGAGGCCGGGGCCGGAAGGGCCAAACAACAGUUAGCCAAGGCACCAGAAACCAGCCAAGAUGAUCAAGCUAUUCUCGUUGAAACAGCAAAAGAAGGAAGAGGAAUCGGCUGGCGGCACCAAAGGCUCCACCAAGAAAGCGUCUGCCGCACAGCUCCGCAUCCAGAAAGAUAUAAAUGAACUUAAUUUGCCAAAAACAUGCGAAAUAGACUUUUCAGACCAGGAUGAUCUUCUCAACUUCAAACUAGUUAUCUGCCCUGAUGAGGGAUUCUAUAAAGGCGGGAAGUUUGUGUUCAGUUUUAAGGUGGGGCAAGGUUACCCACAUGACCCACCCAAAGUCAAAUGUGAGACUAUGGUAUAUCACCCAAACAUAGAUUUAGAAGGCAAUGUUUGCCUAAAUAUCCUCAGAGAGGACUGGAAGCCUGUACUAACAAUAAACUCUAUAAUUUAUGGCCUGCAGUAUCUCUUCCUGGAGCCAAAUCCUGAAGACCCCUUGAACAAAGAGGCUGCUGAAGUCCUCCAGAACAACAGGCGCCUGUUUGAGCAGAACGUCCAGCGCUCGAUGCGGGGUGGCUACAUUGGUUCCACCUACUUUGAGCGCUGCCUCAAAUAGAACUGACCAGCUCCACGCACAAAUUUACUCCUCUCCCCUCAUCUCCCUUUUAGUACUUCUAAGGGACUCUGCCAACACCUCUGCCAUCAGCCAUCAAGGGUGCACAGGAGUCAGGAAUUGGCAGGGGUCCCCUUUCAUCUUUUUCUUCCCCCCCCCACUGCUCCCUGCCAGCCUGGGUCUUCAGCAGUGACUUUCUCACCAGAUCCUUAUACCUCCCUCACUGUGCGCUCUCUGUGCUGCUGUAAGGCGAGGGUGAGGUUACUAUUGCUUCUUUGUCCCACCCACUGUGUUGGGUUAGCCACCUGGUCCUUCCUGACUGAGACCCCAUUCCUGGUGUCCAUCAGUCUUUCUCAGAGCUGUGGUUUUGCAGUUAAGAACAGAAGGUUCCCUAUCUGCUCUGGCAUUUCCUGCUUGCAGUGCAGUGUUAUUCAGCUGCGGGAUCUGCAGGCCACUUGCCUCUCCUCCCCUCCCCGACUGGGCACCAAGGUUUCUGACUGCAACUAUUAAAUGGGGGAGGUGCUUGAGGGCUGGAGCAAGAUGCUCAGCUGCCUCCACUUGGCCCCAGGUAUUGCGGCUCAAGGGGGAGAGGCUGGAUCAGCCUUUUUUUCUCUUAGGAUCAACUGACUUGUAUGUUCGGUAUUUAAGGAAAAACUAAUAAAGCUACCACCACCACCAAGAGUCUAUGACAACUUGCUGUUGCCACCUUGCCUGGGACAACUCGCUGCAGGGACAACUCGCCUUGAGCCUGGGCCUUCCACUCUGGUUUUCAAAGCUAACCUGGCUUAAGGGAGGCGAAAUUUCUUGCCAGCCUGCACUACUUCUCCAAAAGCUUCCUUGCCUCGCUUUCCAGGUGCACACACAUACCGUUAAAGGCGGGCUAAGCAGGAGUCAUUGUUAACACACAGAGAGAGACACACCAUUCUGAGCGUGGGGACUUUUAUCUGUAUUCAAGCUGAUGAGCUGCCGAUCAUGCCCAGGCUUGGGGAGAUGGAGCUCUCCUUCAGCAUUCUGCACUGGACCCUGACAGUUCCCAGGCAGGGAGAGGGACAAGGCAACUGGCUUCCAACAGUCAUCGCUGCAAAGGGUCUUCCCUCUGAAGCAUCCAGCCCAGAACAACGACUCCACAUAGCCCACCUGCAAUCCUUCUCCAAAGGCUUCCUUGCCUCACUUUCUAACACACACACACACAAGGCAGGCUAAGCAAGCGUCAUGGUUACACACAGAGAGAGAGACACAGACACCAUUCUGAGCUUGGGGACUUUUAUCUAUCCUGUGGCAAGGUGCUGGCAGUGAGUUGUCCCAUUCCACACCACCAAUCCCACCAAUGCUAAUGGUAGGAGGGCCUGGCCAACAAUGAACUCUAUUCUGCCUCUCCAGUGACUCCUGGAAGUCUGUGGCCAACAUAAAGCCACUGUAAUUCCACUGUGUUGGGUUAUUAAAGGGGAAUAUUAGCACAUCCA